UCUGUGCAACUCACCCGUGGAAACACCACGACGAUGAUUAUGCCGUGGAGAUUGCUGGCGCUUUAGAUUGUGGCUGUGUUCUCAAAUUACUGCAGCUCGGGUCCAAUAAUGCAGUGUGAUUGUGGUCAUCCACCAAAACUUAAUCUUCCUUCAUCACUAUUGAUCCCUUUUCAAGUGGAUUUUCACUCCCUUGCUGCUGUCACUCGUUUCCUUGUCUGUCUCGCGUUGUUGUCAUUACUGGGUCAUUUGUUGCAGACAUUCAACCCUUCAGAUCUCCCUCUUUUCCCCCUCGCUUGGGUAGUCUGGUUUUUCUUUUUUAUUAUCCUCCUUGGUGGUCUGAUUAGAGCACCUUUCCCUCUUUUUCGUUCUCCUCGCAGUCUGUUUCCAUAGCAGGUCGGGUUUUCACUGCCUUCAUCUGCUCCCCUGUGGCUUCACCGAGGCGGCUGUGUUGCCCAACUCUCCACUGCUUCAGCCACACUUCUAAAGGCUUCAUCGCACCCUCUCUGCUUGCUUCAGACUCCACGUCAAUCUCUUGUUGGAUCGCCA